AUGUCUUGGGACGACGAAGAUUUUGAUAUUCCAUCCACCAGUGCCUCUGCAGCUGCAGUGACAUCGUGGGAAGACGGCAUUGAAGAUGACGAGCCUGUAUUGGACUCUUGGGAUGUCGAUUCUGACGAGGAAAGGGAGAAGGAGAAGGCCAAGAAGGCCGAACUCGAAGCAAAGAAGGCCGAACAGAGGGCCAAGCAGGCUGCCAAGAAGAACGGUACCAAGGAGAAGACUCUAAUGGAAAUCGAUUUAGUUGAUGAGAAAACUAGAAGAGAUAUGCUAAAACAGGCUGAACUAAAUGCUGAUCUCAACCAUGCUGCUGAUCUAUUUGACGGAUUAGGAGUGAACGACCAUCCAAGAUCUAGGGCUACAAACAACACCGACAAUGUGUUGAAACUCUCUGCAGAAACACCAUUGACUGCACAUCCUCUCUUCACCCCAACUACCAAACCGGAGUUUGAGAAAUUGAGAAAAGCCUUGGGUUCAACCCUACAGGGGAUUGCCGAGAAAUCAUCUCUCUUUUAUGCAAACGCCCUAGCCAUUGACUUGGCAAGAGACAUCAGUGAGCCAUUGACUGUCGAACAACUACGGAAACUCAUUGCCACUUUGAACACCAUGGUCACAAAGAAGGUCAAGGACGAGAGACUGAACAGAUUGAAGAAAACGGGCGGUACCUCCCUAGGCGGUGCAGGUAAGAAGAAGGUGAAAAUGGCACAGGUUAAUACAGGUCCAGCCUCCUUCAGAAAGGACAACUUGGACGACUUCAUUGGCGGUGACGAUGACGGUCUAUCGGAUGACGAUUUCAUGUAG